CGUUGUCUUUAUUGAAGGCGGGGCUACGUGACGUUCACCCUAAUGAUGUGGGUUGACUGUCAACGAAGCAGGAGCUUUCACGAGACGAACACAGUAGACCAGUAGAAGACUGAUUGACAUACAUCAAAACGACCAAAAUGGUUAUCAUAAUCGAGAAUAAGAGUGCCUUCGACAAUGCUCUGAAAAAUGCUGGGAACAAGUUGGUGGUGGUGGACUUCACAGCCACAUGGUGCGGGCCCUGCCAAAUGAUCGGUCCAAUCUUUAAAGCGGAGUCUGAAAAACCAGAGAACAGUAAUGUUGUGUUUCUAAAGGUGGACGUGGAUGAUGCACAGGAUGUGUCCGCUUUCUGUGACAUCAAAUCUAUGCCAACAUUCCAAUUCUACAAGAAUGGAAAGAAGAUUGAUGAAUUUUCUGGAUCAAAUAAAGAUAAGCUGUUGAAGAAGAUAUCUGAGCAUAGAUGAAGAAAAACACACAAACCAACCUCUGUAAUAAGUAAUAUACACAGAAAAAACAUCAUUCUCAACCUCGAACUCAUUCUAAUUCUGUGUUUCAUUUAUAUACGGUUUUAUUUUAGAUUCUAUACAGACACAGAAGACUUUUUUUGACCCUCUAUAAUGUCUAUCUCUGAUGUAUUUUCUGUUGGGUUUGUAUGAAAUGAAACCUUUAAAGGCCAUUAAAAGUUGUCUUUUACAGCA